CAAGAUUGAUAAACUCUAUUGGAAUUUGAAUUAUAAUAACAUUAUAACUGGAUUAACUUGUACUUAUUUGACAUUAGAAGUGACAAUAUUGUAUGAUUCAGUAAAAAAGCUAACAUUGGUAAUCUUGGACAAAUCCAUUUACCAACGUGGACUUAUUCUAUAAUAGGAUAAAUUAGGGUUUACUAUUUAUUUUCUACUGAAAGAGACAGGUUUUGCCAAAGGCGUCCACUUGAGAGUACAGGCUGGCAACAAUAAUAGAAUUACAUGAGCUUGUUUUGAUGAAUAAAUAAUAUUUGUUCGUAGUAUUUUGAUAUUAGCAUUGACAAAAACUGGACAGUGGUCAAAAGCAUUGUAAUUGUCGGUAGAUGAGAGGGCACUUUUUAAGACUUAACAUUAUUUAUUUUCGAAUGACGGUGUAACACUGCAAGUGUAGGAAGACUUUAAUUUUCGAAGGGAUACGUUGAAAGGAGAAGGAAUGGCUACCAGAUCCAGAAAUAGGAAGACGACGAUGUUACGUGUGUAUGUUUUCAGUAUUGUGUGUUGUGUUUCGUGCCUGGGCCAGGAAAUAUUAAAAUAUUCAAUUCUGGAAGAAUUACCUAGAGGCAAAUUCAUCGGUGAUAUACGUGAAGACUCGAACUUACGGGCGACGGUGUCGGCGGACGAUUUUUCACAGAUUACUUACAGUGUUUUAGAUGAAGGUAAAACAUAUGAGAAAUACUUUACAGUAAACUCUAAGAAUGGUUCUCUAUAUACAAAAGCUGUAAUUGACAGAGAAUCAUUAACAAACUGUGUUUAUGAAACCACAUGUGUUCUUCCUCUGAGUAUUGUUGCAAAGUCACAGAUUAGUGCUUUCUUUAGAACGUUGAAAGUGAACAUUACUAUUAAAGACAUAAAUGACAAUGUGCCAGUAUUUCCAAAACAUUUCACCUCUCUUGAAAUCUCAGAAGUUGCCACCGUCGGAUCGUCAAUGUCACUUGACGGAGCCGUCGACGCAGAUGCCGGGAACUAUUCUUUGCAGAGAUACUACAUCUUGAAUGAAGCACUUCUUGAUUUUCCUUUUACUCUAUCUUAUGAACGAUUCGUGGAUGGUAGCUCUGGUGUUAAGCUUGAAAUAACGGGAGAUUUAGACAGGGAAACUGAAGACUCUUACGGUGUGAUUAUUGUUGCUGAAGACGGGGGAAAUCCUGCUCUGACUGGAACUAUGUCAGUCAAUAUAAAUAUCGAUGACACAAAUGAUAAUGAACCUGAAUUCGCCAGUAAAUUGUAUAAUGCAACUGUAAACGAGACAAUGGACGUUGGUGAAGAAAUUAUACAGGUAUCUGCCACUGAUGCUGACAUUGGAAUUAACAGUGAGAUUGUGUAUAGUCUUAGUAAGAAUCAGAUCGGCAAAAUCCAGGAAUUAUUCGCUAUUAACGAAACCACUGGAAUUCUUUAUGUAAAUAAGAAGUUUGAAAGUGGUGGACAAUUUAGAAUUAUCGUCGAGGCUACUGAUAAGGGGACACAACCAUUGAUGACUCAGGCCAUAGUUGUAGUAACCGUUCUGGAUUCUGACAAUAAUCGGCCGGAGAUUAAAGUUAACUUGUUUUCGGAUAGUGGAAUGGCGACUAUUUCGGAGUACGCGGAUUUAGGAACGGUGGUGGCACAUGUUAAGGUAAUUGAUAAAGACACUGGUGCUAAUGGAAUAAUCACAUGUGAUAUUGACAGCGAUAAUAAAGUUUUUACCCUUCAAGGUCUGGACGUAAAUGAGUACAAGGUCACGGUUGCGAAGGGCCUUGAUAGAGAAAGCAUGGACUUUAUCUUUGUGGUAAUUAACUGCUAUGAUAAAGGUGCACCUCCUCAAACUACCUUUGUGGAAUUUAGCGUAAAGGUUAUCGACGAAAACGACCAUUCACCGAUUUUUCUACAGAAAAUUUACUUUGUUGAUAUACUUGAAAAUAAUACAGUGAAUUCAGAUAUUGUUCAGGUCUCGGCAAUAGACAAUGAUAUCGGCAAAAAUGGAGAGAUUUCAUAUUCUGUAUGGGCUACAGGUGACUAUCGUUUCACAAUGGACCCUCUGUCGGGCUUGAUUAAAACCCAGUCAGUAUUCGACCGUGAGAAGAUGUCCAGUAUAAAACUCUACGCAUACGCCAAAGACAACGGGUCUCCGGCUCGAACCAGCACGGCAACGGUGAUGAUUAACGUCCUUGACCUUAAUGACAAUGUUCCAAUGUUUGAGAAACCGUUUUACGAGUUUAAUGUGUCGGAAAAUGUUGCUGUUGAUACAAGUGUGAGUUACGUAGUUGCCUCAGAUCCAGAUGACGACGACAAUGCCAAGCUUGGUUUCCAUAUUGACAAGUCAGUGCCCUUUAAAGUUGAUUCGAGAGGUAUCAUUAGAACCAAAGAAGUACUUGAUCGUGAAGAAAGUGCUAUUUAUAGCUUUUUAGUGAUUGCAUACGACCAUGGAAUGCCAUCUUUGAAUACUUCCACAAACGUCGUGGUGCACGUGCUAGAUAAGAACGACCAUGUGCCGAAGUUCAUCUUCCCAGACAUAGAAAACUACACGGUUGAACUAAGGGCUGAUACUUUACCAAAGUCUGUUGUAGCUAAAAUCAAAGCGUUAGAUCUUGAUGAAGGUUUAAACGGUGAAUUGUUUUACACUAUUCAAAACUCCAACGUGUCAGAUUUAUUCACAAUAAAUGGUAACACCGGAGAAAUAACGCUAGUUCGUCCACUACAGUCGUCUGAUGAAGAGAUAUACAACAUUUUGUUACGUGUGGAUGAUAAAGGUAACCCGAGCCAGUAUUCAACGACAUCAGUGAACAUUUUCAUCGCCAGAAAGCAACCACUGUCCCCUGUAACCGACUCUAAGGGUGAAAACCUUCUGAUAGCGAUCACCUUAAGUGUCGUCACUUUUGUUCUUGUAUUUACAAUUGUGCUUGUGAUAUGCAUCUUAAAAAGAAAGUGGUUCAGGAAUAAGGACAAUUCAUGCUCCGAAGAAACCUUCUGUGAAAAGGUGAAACCAAGCAAGGAAAGAAGAGUGAAAUUUGCCGAUAUGGAAUCUGGGAUAAACGAAAAGAGCACUUCCAUUACCAAGACACCGCCUUUUGAGACCAUGACAACGUUCAGUAGCGAUGGCAACGAUAGCAGAGAUUCUGAUAUGACAGCAUCAACCGUUGACAUGGAAACGCCGAUCCUUGAAAAACAUAAAGUUCCAAGAGAAAGGGCUUCCCCGAUCACAAGACAUUCAACAGAACAGCUUCCAGGACCCUCCGACUCAUCGCAUGAAAUGAAACAGUGUACGCCUCGUUCUGAAGAUGGAAAGCCUCAUUUUGACACCAAGACUCGUUCUGAUUCCCAACUAAAGACUCUUAAGUCACAUAGCACACUUCUAAACACAUCUAUCAAGCCACACACAACUAUUUCUGCGUUUGGUUUGGACGAUAAUCAUUCCCACACUUCCGGUGAGACUGUGACCAGUGAUAGUGGACGGGGAGGAAGCGAGUCAGAUAUUCAUAGUGCCAGUCUAUCAAACUCUCAUGAUUCAGAUAUUAGGCUUCCGUCCGACUUGCGAAAUCCACGUGCUAAUAGCACUUUCAUCGACCAGCCGAGGCCGUGGUUAAAUCUUGCCGAUCUACGUCAUCACAACUGUCCUCGACUUCCGGUUGCGCAGCAGCUUCACAACGACCGUAAACAUAGACUCCAGCUUCGUGAUUUCACCGAUAGGAACAGUUCGAGAAAUAAGCCAAGUGUUCAUCAGUUCAACAGAGGACCAUACACACAAAGUGAUAACAAUUUCGACCGGCAUAAAGUAUUUCCGGUUUCAAAACCACCCGUUUUCCCGCCACCACCAAGCGACCUUGACCGAAGUUACAUGACCUAUGAAGAGGAAGAUGAUGAUUUGUCUACAACAACGUCAGGGAGUUAUACAAUUGACCACGAGGAUGUGAGCUUGGACUUACGGUCUCCGCCGCCAAAUGCUCACGCACUUAGAGGGUGUCUGGUUUGAUAAGACAACACAACGGGGAAGGGGAUCCCAUCCGACCUAUGGGGUCCGUCAACCUUGGCUGCUGAAACCCAGUUUUGUUUGAACUGUGACGUUAGACGUUACCACGGCGAUUGACCAGAACCGAAGAUGAUACCGAGAUCCGGUGCUGUUGUGCAGAAUUGCUCUUGGCAAAAGGCUAUAUAUCCGAUUAAGGUCCAUCAGCGAGGUCAAGGUCAUUGCAAGCAGUCUGGUUCUCCGACGGCAUUAGCGUCAUUUCAGGAACCAGCUUAGUCGAUCACGUCUGCGUAACAGGAUGGCCGUAUAAGAGUGCUAUAAUUCUAAGGAGUGCAAUAUUUGGUGCUUUAAAUUUAACUUUCUUGUGACAUUCAAUGAUAGAAAGUUUUGUGACUGUGUUCAUUUUAAACCAGAGUUAUCUGCUCGUGGUGUUAAGACUAUUUGUUAUAAAUAAAACUGUGAUAUUGGAUCGUGUACUUUUUUACAGGGUAGGAUAUGAUCUCUGAAAGUGUAAUUGUUUAUACAAAAAAUGUAAAUUAAUGCUGAAUGUAUUUAAAAUGUAAAUAUGCCAGUCAUAAUUUUGCAAUAUUGAAAUGAUGAAUUUUCUGAUAUCGUUUAAGUAAUUAUGUGAAAUUCAUGUAAAUAUGUACAAAAUCCCCCUGUUGUGCAUGUAAAUUAUUACGCAAUUAUUGUUAUUAUAUUCAGUUGUUAAGGAUUUUGAUUAAUGCGGAAAAUAUGUAAAAAAAUAAUAAAUGAAAUUAAAUAUAA